AUCGGUCAUUUUCAGUGGACGUGUCUCGUGCGUUGUGUCGUAGCUUCUGUGUAUGUGUGACUGUGUGCGGCUUCUUCGCCUACUACUUUUUUCGUGUGCCGACAGAGUGUACUCGUAAUGAGGACCCGAGUGAUUUCUAGGGUUUUUCUCGCGUGAAACUGAUCGGUUUUCAGGCUGAAUAUCUGGAUUACUAGCAGCGAAUCGCACAUGUUGGGGUUCGUAGAGGGACUGAAACUUAGGACAGUGAACUCGAGUGAGCUGCGGAAAAGCAAACGCGAAAUGUCGACCACUUGUUUCCGGCCGCCUCCGUUGCCGCCCAGCAAGAAAUCCGCCCAGAUGACAAACGGCAAUCGACAACGCGCCAAACAGAAUCACAGCCUCCUUUCCUCGACGUAUUUGAGCUUCCGCGAUCCGGCCGACGACGAAAUUUUGAGCGUCGAAGAGAUCGAACUGACGAGUUUUCGAUGUAAAAGUGCGACGUCGGGAGAGUCGGGAAAACGAUCGGGGAAAUUGACGCACACUAGUUCCUUGAACAGAAAAAGAGGCGGCAGAGCCCUGUUGACGAGGAGCCAUUCCGAUGGAAACUUGGAUAAGGCGGGCACCUCGGGAGUUUGCAUCAAUAGAUACAUGAAGGUGCUCAGCGGGAGCUGGAAGAAUUUAUUGAAUUUAGGCGGCAUGUCGCGGCCACCGAAGCCAGCGGCAACCGCAAAAAAAGUCGCUCCACCUGCGGUGCCGCAUGAAUUUCGGCAUUCGGGAAGCUCUUUCGGAUCAGCAGGAUACGCCAGCUCGGAGGACGCUGGAUUUUUGGCUCCCUCCGACCCACCUGGAGUACCCAGAGAUGACCAUUCAGAUUAUGGGAGCACAGUUAGCGGAAGCACCGGAAAAUCCCCCGGACCUAUUUUUCCAGCGCCUACUUUUACUUUUCCUGGCCAACCACCACCUGGAACAGUCCUCACCCAUAAAGCUGCCGUAUACUACCAUCACCAACUUAGUUUACAAGAGGAUCAAGGAAUCGAUAUGACACAGUCUCCCGGUAGAGAUAGUCCCGGUUCAUCAAGCGGAAGUGCUGGAUCUGGAUCCAGACACAGCACAGCAUCUCUAGACAGUGGAAGAGCUUCCUACCACCCUCUCAGUACUGCCGGAAGGAGUACCAUAGGAUCUUCAAAUAGCCCAAGGUGUUCUCUGAGCUCCUGUUCCAUUGGGUCGGAUCAAGGCCGUAUUGAACGAAUGAUUCAUCAAGGAGUACCAGACCAAGAGAUAAUUCAUUCUUGGCUGGUAGACUUGCAGUUUGAGGAGUAUUUCCCACUCUUCAUAUCAGCUGGAUAUGAUUUACCAACAAUAGGAAGAAUGACCCCGGAGGAUUUGACUGCUGUAGGAAUUAAAAAACCAAAUCACAGGAAAAGACUGAAGGCUGAAAUUGCACAGCUCAAUUUACCAGAUAACCUGCCUGAAUUCAUACCGGGUUCUUUGGAGGAAUGGUUGAAUUUACUACGACUAGACGAGUAUCUUCCAGCCUUUUUGGAUCAGAACUAUCAGACUGUAGAUGACGUGGCCCAACUCACAUGGGAAGAUUUGGAAGAAUUCGGAAUAGUUAAACUAGGGCAUCAGAAAAAAAUUAUGCUAGCCAUCAAACGAAUCAAGGACAUCAAGGCGGGAAAAAGAAUACAUACAGAUUCAAAUAGAAUUUAUGCUACACAAGACGUACUGGUGCACGCACCCAUGGACCCACCGCCAUCACCCGGCCUGCAACCCGCAGUCCACAGCACUUUCCACUCUUUUCACCAACCCUGGGAGAUCGACCAAACGAGACAAUUACAGCUGCAGUCAGGCACAGCCGCUGCCAGGCAUUACCUGCCGCCCACUUACUAUUUCACAGACAUUGUUCCCAUCAAGAUCAGAACAGGUAGAGGAAAAUCUCUUGAAUCUCUUGAGGAUCCCAAUGAAAGGACACACCAUACAUUCACUACUGAUAAUAGCCAACCAUUUUACUACCAACAACCUAUUGGUUGGAGACCCAGGUCUUAUGAUGAUGGAGAUAUAACACCCACAAAUGAAACUGGCUUGCUUUACGAAGGUGGAGGAACGCUUCCAAGGCCUCGAGGGAUUAUACGCCCAAGACCUAUUGCGAAAAUAGCAGCUAAAGCAAGAGAAACAUUCCCAGAAUUUGAGAAACCACAGUUCAAUCCAGAAAAAUAUGUCAAUCCACAAUACAAAACGUUACCAAGGGAACUGAUGGAAAACCAGAAAUAUCACAUGCAGUAUGGCAGCCCUUUAAUGGGUAAGAAGAUACCUCCCAACCCGCCAAAGAGACAGGACAGCGAGUGUCACGAGCAGACCACAACAGUGGAAAUCCACCACGUCCAGACCUCUAGUCCUCUGCCACUUCCAGCAUAUCCUAGUUCAGAUAGUCUAAGUAUAUCUCUAGAUAGUCAAGGCGACUUACCUUUGCCUCCUCCUCCAGCUCCGGGGACUCCUCCAGGAGCUUCGCAAUGCAAGCUCAACUCCUCACAAUCUUGGGGCGCUGAGGAACAGGAGCUGAUAAAAACGUUGGCGUUGCAGCACAGAAACGGUUCCGAUGCAAGUUUUAAGUCGAGUUCCAGCACAGAAUCAGAUUCGCUGCCAUUCGCCAAUGAGAACGCCGGUACGAUAAGAACCCGUGCCGGUACUAGGCAGGCAGAGUUCUCAUCGCCAAAGCCGCGUGCCUCCUCUGCUGGUCUUCCCCCCCAUCCGUCCCCCACGCCUACUAGACAGCAAUCGACUGUCCCUCGCAAUCAAAGAACGGAACCUGUCGAUGUUCUCAAUGACAUUGGGAAUAUGCUGGCCAACCUCACAGACGAAUUAGAUGCCAUGUUAGAGGAAGAGAAAAGGCAACAGUAACUCUAUAUCUGUAUAAGACUGAACAUCAUGUUAUAAUUUCAAAUUAUUUUUGUAUGAUUUUCCAGCUUUCCAGGAUUUAGAAACUCACAUGGUUUUUGUGUUUUGAACAUUUGAUCUCAUUUUAAAAUUUAAUUUACAAACUAUCAAUAUUCCAAAAAUACUAGAGAAAUGAACUAGCAUGCUAAUCAAGACAUAGUUUUUAAAUAGUUAGGUUUUGAUUGCAUAUUAGGGGAUGUGAUGUUACCUGAAGUUUCAGUGAAUGAUUUUCUCUGUUUCUCUGUUCUUUGUUUUUCCUAUAAUUUUAGGGAAAUAGAGAUGACUGUAUUUUGACCCUGACAAGAGAUUGGGCCUGCUUUCCAUAAGUUCACUGUUAUUAGGGCUGAUUAUAGUUUCAUAAUUGUUUUACUGACAGUUUCACCACAGCAAAAAGUUCAGUUGGUAUAUUUGUAUUUCUUCAACCAGUUUUCAGAAAAUUGUUCAACUCUAUUACCAUUUUUUGGUGUGAUAUUAUCAGUGGUUAUUUACAGACUACUUGAUUUAGUAUCACACAUCACACCCCAAACGCAAUUAGCUGCUUGAAACUAUAAUUACUGUAGAAACCCAAGUAUUCAAAUUCAUUGUAACAAUCCUCUUUGGGAUAUUCAAAUAUCCAUAUAAUUGGAUCUAACAAAAAAAAAGUUUACUUUAGAUGGAAAACGCCUGAAAAAGUGUUGAGUGACUGAGAAGGAUAAUACAAUUAUAGGUGUAUUGAGGGACUCGUCUUCGCCAGACACUGUUGGCGAUAGGAAACGCUCUUUUCUUUCCCGACCUCUGAAUGUAUGUUGUUUGCAAUACCUAAAAAAUCCAAACUGAUAAUUGGCAAUCUAGGUAGUUGGAAUUUGGAAAUUAUAGUUCUACUGUAGAUUUGAUUGAACUCACUUAGGAACUUACUAUAACUCAACAAUUCAGCUGUUUUUAUUUUGCAUUCAUAUAAAUCUACGAUAAUCUGGUUAAAUCAAGGACUUUAUAAUUUGAGUAUUUUCAGAAAUGUCAAUUUGAGCUUUGUCAUAACAUUUAAGAAAAAUUCACCCAAAAUUUUAUUCCUGAUUGCCUACUGUUCGCUAAACAUGAAUUCCCAUUUUGUAAUAACUCAGCUUCUUUGAAUGUUUGAGGUUGGUGAAUGCAGUCAAUGAUAUCCUCUCACUUGAUAUUUUUAGCAUCAGGUAGGUCUUUCAAUUUUCAAAUGUUAACGUCGAAUUGCCAUAAAAAAAUAAUGCAAAAAGUAAACCAUGUGAAUUUGUAUUCAAAGUUGUAUCAGACCUUUUCCUUAAUUGUAGUCUAAAUUUAUUAUUUUAUUUUUUGUUCAUGAAAUGAGUUUGAUGUAUAUAAAAAGGUUUAUUUUAUCCUGUACAUAGUUAUUUUAGGUAGAAAUUAUCAUGUAAAUAGGUGUAAUUAUUUUCAGCAUUAACGAUUUAUCGAUUUUUAUAUUGCUUAAUGGCAAGUGGCUUCUUUCACAUUAUAUUAUUCACGAUAAUUUUGUGUUACAGAACUCGGUUAAGACCAAUUAACUGAUAUCUUUGAACUGAAGCUGUUCAUAUUAUAUUCAGAGUUGAUAUUUCAAACAUCAAAUGGAUUCCACUUGAAAAAAAAAAGUCUGUUAGUUCGGACAUGAAGGUGAAAAUUAAUUUCAUAGAUCAUUACUUUUUUUUUCAAUUACUUCUCAUCUUGAAGUACUCCUUUGAGAACCAAACUUUCAACAAGAGAUACUCUGUUUAAAUAGCAGUUUCCCACAUAUUUUGCUUGAAGAUGAAGAAGUAGACUGUCAAAAUCUGUUUUUCCAAAAGAUAUUAUGUGUUUCAAUUAGGUCUUGUAAUAUGUAGAUAUUACAACUAUGCUUUCGAACUUGAAAAAAGAAACUUAAUUGAAACUUUUGCCAAUAUGUUUUGUUGAGUGUUAGGUAAGUAACAAGUCUCGUGUUUAAAUCAAGCCAUGAACACAUUCAUCUGACUUUUCUAUAUGAUAUUCAUUUUUGUACACCUCUUGAGCACUGAAGAAAUUGACAUUACAGGAUCUGUUAUAUUUAUGGAAAAAAUGAUUUAUUCUUACAGUCAUAUUAAUUUGGAAAAAAUAUUGCUUAUUAUCACAUAAAACGCCUCCGUCCCCCAAGAAACUAGUAUUCAAGUAAUACUCCUCUCAAAUUUAGAUAUAUUUUGACAAAUUAAGAUGUAUUUUGAUUUCAAUCUGUGUUAGUUUUUGAAGAUAGGUACUGGGUUGAAAAAAUAAAAAAAAGUAAAAGUAAACUGUGAUUAUAUAUAGAAACAAUUAGAAGAAUAGAAAAACUAUGAACUGUCUCAACCUGCUCAUUUUGCUGCAAGUCGGUCAAAUUAAAUAUAUAGUCACAAUCUCUGACUCUAGUAUCAUCAUUGGCAGACAGCGGGAUUGACGGACUCAAGGAGUAUUUUAUACACUGAGAAGAGUCUCUCGGCAACUUAAGUUCCCCUUGUAUAUGAAGACUAGAGUAUCAGACAUGUCGUUGAGAAGAUGCCAACUACUUGUAUACGUUGAAUAUUUAGAAACUCACUCAAAAUGAAAAAGUUAGAAGCAACUAGAAGAAUACAAAAAUUAACCUGCUCUCUUUGCAAAUGGGUCAAGCUCAAAAUAUAUCUGGAAUAAGAGCAUAUUUCCAACUACAAACACUUGGUUAUUGUUGACAAAGCGUCCAUACGCUUGUGAAAUUCCGAUACGAAGUAGUCACUAUGGAAUUGAGAAUUUCAAGUCCCUUCUGUACUUGAAGCAUUUCCGUGGAAACAACCAAUUUUCAAACUUAAAAAAAAAAAUAAAUGACAACAAAAUUCAGCGUUUUUCAUCCAAAAAUGUUUUUUCACAAACCCUUCAAGAUAGGAAGUAGUUUUGUUUUUGAAACGUCUGUGGGUGAUUUGUACAUUGAUAUUUUACUAUUCCGUUAUUUUCAUCGGAUUUUCCAUUUUUUAUAAAGUUCAUAUAUUCAAAAUACCAAAUUCACACCAAUAAAAAUACAACUUCAAGAACAGCAACUGGAAUGAUUUACACACAGAAUAUUAAUCAAUCAAGGUAUACUCUAUAGGCGGAAGAACGAGGUUCUUAAAGACAAAGCUUAUAUACAUAUAUAACUAACGAUUAGAUAAAAUUACAUAGAUAAUUUGAGUUUAUGGGUUUCACAGUGUGAAAUAUGGAAACAGAAAUAUGGAGGAGGAGAGGUCUAACAAAAUUGAAUUAUGGGCAAAUAAAAAGAUAGCAAUUGAAAAAACUACAGUUUGUAAUGAAUAUUGAUUUCAAAAAAGUUGUAAACCUAUUGACCUCAUCAAACUCAUCAUAAUCAAUAUAUUGAGGAUGUACUUCAGCAGUCGAUGGCAAAUCAAAGUAACAAAAUAGAGUGUAUCAAGGAAUGUUGAAAAGUUGUCAAUGCUGUGAUAUAUUGACAGAGGUGUUGAAUGACGCCACUAAGAAAUUGAAAAAAAUAUCAAAAAAUUUUGAAAGGGGAUUAUUGACAAGAAAUACAACAGUUAAUUUUUCGAUAGAGAGGUCAAUUUUAUAAAAAUUUAUCCUAAUUCCAUGAUGAUUUGGUUUUCAAAGGGAGAAAAAAAGGUAACUUCUAGGGAACCCAAUACCUAUUGCACCAAUAAUCGUGUGAACGUUUAUAUCUUUCUCAUUAUUUUAUGUGGACGAUUCAUGUAGAGGAAACUUAAAAAGUUCAUAAAUGGUCGGUGUUUUUAGAUUUUGGUUUUUUAAAGAAUCUACACAAAUUUCUGGUUGUAUAAUAAAUAAACUCCACGCAUUCAUUUCAUAAUGUAAAAUUCCCAGAACCAAGGAUACUUUGUAAGUUUUAACUAUGUCUAUUAGAAAAGAUUCAGUUGAUUUGGAAAUCAAUUAUUUACCUAUAUGUGAAACAAGCCUAGUGAAAAAUACUUAAUGAAUUUAGUAUGCUUGUCAAAAAGCUCUUUGUUCCAAAAAUGUUCCAGUGUGUAACAAAUACAUUGUCAUUUCAGUUAGUUUACAAUUUUCAGUGAUAAUUUUUUAAAAAUAUCUUCCAAUAACUGGCAUAUUUAUAAAGUUUUGGUGUUUGAUUAAUGAGAGCGUCUGAGAAUCUGGUCCAAAAAUUGAGUGUCCUAGAAAUUGGGACACAUAACUAAUGGAUCUCAUAUGCUUUCAUCAAUAAGUGGAAAAGCUCCACAGACCACUGUAUUUAUUUUUGAAAUAUAUGUAUGGCAAAAAUAUGAAUGUACUGUAAAUAGAUAGAACAUGUACUGAGAGUUGUAGCUGAUAGAAGCCAAGUAAUAAAAACUAGCAAAUACUUUUGUACAAAGCCAUCUUUUAGUAUACGGACUUAGCAGAGCAUUAGCAUAUGAAAUAUUGGUGUUUUAAUACCUUUACACCAGAAAAUCGCGACUUAGUCUCAUUUCUUUUCUUUUCAUCAAAUGAUUUUGAGAAGACUGAUAGUACGAUUUAAACAUUAUUUUUGAUAGUCUAGGCCGAAGGAUGGAGACCUAAAGAAAGAAGGACCUGAAAAAUAUGAAUUUUUGAGUGCUGGUGAUUAUGUAAUUACAUAAACACUUACUGAAAAGGAGGAAACCUAUUUGAGUAACUUUCCUACUGAAUAAUUUUCAUAGAGAUCAGUUUCAUUCAAUGGCUUUGAUUUCAACAUAUUUUAAUUGAUCCUUUCUCCCUGGAAGAAGGGAUUGUUUUCAAAAAUUCCUAUUUUUUGGAGAAACGUAUUGUGUUGCAUCUGUUGCCUGGUCUAAGUAGUCGAUCUGAGUCUACAUCGAAAGAGCGUCCAAGUGCCAUAAUAAAAUAAAUCCAUUACUAUUAUACAUAAGAGUACUUUUAAUCUACUCACCGAUCGAAUGGUUAAAUCUUUCGAGGUUCACACAGAUUGGCGGAUUUCAAUGUCGACGCAUUCAAAUGUGUGUAUUAUAUUUUGUCUCAUUUACAAUUGCCAUUUUUGCAAUGUUAUUUGUAAUAAAAAAUGUUAUUAAUGUGCUACUUAAAUAGUUUAUAUUGCAUUCACUUAUGUUGUUAUUUGUCAUAGCAUUUUUUCUUAGAAUUAUAGCUGUUAACAAUUCUGAACCCCCAAUCCAUUAUAUCCUUUCUCAUUUUAUUUUAUUGGUUAACUGUUAACAAAUACGAAUAUAGAUCAAAUAAUAAAGUGGAAUAUUAUAAA